GCCGUUCUUCGUCCCCUUCGAAAUCGUAAGAUGGACGCAUUGAUGCCGCACCAAUUGGUUAUUGGUUACGAAACUCUUAUCACACCGCCCUCGUGGAGUCCUGCUGGCAUACUACUGGCUGCUCAUGUUCACAUACGAACAUUCAAGUACAUAAGAAUAGAACUCAACAUGAGAGUUCGUAAUCUUCUCUUGCUAGCAUAUCCUCCGAUGUUCACUUAUAGCCUAUGCUGAUGUCAUUGGAUUAUGGGGACUCGAUUGAGAUGCUGUAUCUUCUACCUCUUAUAAAAUCAAACAAAUCGACAAAGCUAUUCCCAUCUGCAUAUCAUAUCUUAUUAUCACAUCGUAUACUAAAAUGAUUAUUUCAUCGUAUUAUAUACUUUUUUAUUUCGUGACAUUACACUCCUUUAGACUUUCUACUGACUUCAGCCUUCUUUCCCUUCUAAUCCGCCAUAUAUUUCAAAAUAAUAAACUGGACUGUCUUGGAUUAAGUGUUCAGGAACCAGCCCUACGGCUAAAUAGCAAUAUAGCAACAUGGCAAAACAAGGUAAAACAAGGCAAAAUAACGGCGGAAGUCUAUUAUCCGUCGCUUUAAACCUCGGUAACAUUUUGUCCUUGUGGUAAUAAGUAUCAAAGCUGCCGCCAUGGAGACAAUAGAGAUCUCUCUUAUGCCUUGGCGCUCGUCUCAUUAUUUGUCGCUAAAAUGAAAUCCGCACCAUCAUCAAGUAUGCUGAGAAGCCUCAGCCUCAGAUUCUCAAUACUAACCACUUGGCUACUGUGGUGGGCGAUAUGUAUUAGUGCACGCCCUACUUAUAAUGUCGCCCGACAGGAUGAAGAUUCUCAUUGGGUAGCAACAUGGACCUCAAUGCCGCAGCUCGUGGAACCUAAUAACAUGCCGCCAUCCCCAUUCUCGGGCUCGGCCGCGUUUAAGGAUGCCACCCUUCGGCAGACGCUUCACCUAUCUAUAGGUGCAGAAAGACUUCGCUUCCAGAUCUCCAAUACUUUCGGUGGCAGUGACCUUCCCAUCACAGAAGCCUCUAUAGCCCUUCCAACAGGAGGCAAGGCGGGCGUGGAUGGAAUCGAUACAGCAACAUUAAAGGGUCUCACUUUCAAUGGAUCCAGUUCAGUCACAAUCCCGAAGGGUCAGGUUGCCUAUACUGACCCUUUGGACUUCAAAGUUGACCCGCAGGCCACGAUUACUAUCAGUCUCUAUUCACAACCUGGCCAAUCUGGAAGUAGCAUUACUGGGCACCCAGGCAGUCGAACAACGUCUUGGAUGCAGCAGGGUAAUCACAUUAACGCCUCGACUGUAACGGGAGCGAGCACGGCGCAUUGGUAUUUUCUCACUGCCGUCGAAGUCUGGGCCCCAAAGACGACCGCCGCUCUAGUGAUUCUCGGCGACAGUAUCACGGAUGGGCGAGGAAGCACUGAUAAUGCUAACAACCGCUGGCCUGACCUACUUCUAGCUCGGAUGCAGAAAGAAGGAAUCACCAAUGUCGCCGUGUGCAACCAAGCAGCAGGCGGUAAUACCGUUCUUACCGGUGGUCUUGGCCCGCCGCUCAUGCAGCGUUACAAGCGCGAUCUACUCACAACUGCCGGUGUUAAAUACGCUCUCAUUUUCGAAGGUGUCAACGACAUCGGAGGUGGAUCUGCGGACUCGGGAACACAAUCACGUAUCGGAAGUAGUCUAACAUCAUCCUUUACCACAAUUGCCAAGGAUGCGAAGGCCGCCGGCUUGACUGUCUUUGGGGCAACAAUUACACCUUUCGGCGGAAACGGACAGAGCUACAGCAACCCAACGAGGGACCAAACGAGACAGACGGUGAAUAAAUGGAUCCUAGGAGGUGGAGACGGUAGUUUUGAUGCUUCGAUUGACUUUGCUAAGAUCGUGGCUAACCCCUCCAACGCCGCUAACCUGGCCUCUCAGUACGAUGGCGGCGAUCAUCUACAUCCCAACGUUGCUGGAUACCAGGCGAUCGCCGACCAAUUCCCUCUAGAUAUUUUUGGGGGCAAUGCUACUGCUGUGUGAGCUGGCGGCCUUAACUAGCUAGGAGUCAUUGUAUAGGAUGUAUAUCUGAUGACGAACUAUAACACUAAGGACCCUAGAUCAUGUGAAGGCAAAAUAUUAAUUACCGAGUAAAGCACAUGUUCUUUAACUAAUUGAAUUAACUAGUAGGUA